UUAAUUUAAAAACCUAACAUGUUGCGGCGAGGCGACCCGACGUGCAUCUAUCCAAAGUCACCACUCGACCCAUGGUUGGUACCAAAACUGAACAAUCAGAUAACGGUGUGGAGUUUGGGAACACACUCAUCGAUCUCUCGGAGUUGCACUACCAUGGUGGUUUCCUUUCUACGACUCCCAAUUUCCCCAUGGUGGGUUACUCCGUUUACUACAAACUUCAGCUUGCAAAACCCUACUAACUGCAAGCCUUUGAAGGCAUGUAUCCUCUGCUUGUCCACUUCAUUUUCCGCCGCCACCACCCAGGUGACCUCGUUGGAGGCAGCACGGAAAUGGGAACCUUUUCGCAAGAAGAAAGUCGUGAUGCGCGUCGGUUAUGUUGGUUCGGAUUACCGAGGUUUGCAAAUUCAGAGAGAUGAACACGCACUAUCCACAAUUGAAGGUGAACUAGAGAAAGCUAUUUUUAAGGCUGGUGGAAUUAGAGACAGCAAUUUUGGGGAUUUGCACAAAAUUGGCUGGGCUAGAAGUAGCCGGACUGAUAAAGGGGUUCAUUCACUGGCGACCAUGAUAUCUUUAAAGUUGGAGAUACCAGAAUUUGCUUGGGAUAAUGAUCCAAAUGGUUUUGCUCUUGUUAGUUAUGUUAAUUCUCAUCUUCCUGAAAACAUAAGAGUUUUCAGCAUUUUACCUUCACAAAGGAGUUUUGACGCCCGAAGGGAAUGUAGUAUCCGCAAAUAUUCAUAUCUUCUUCCCGCUGAAAUUAUUGGAGUAAAAGAGAAUUUUACAGCUGAUGAAGUUGAUAAUCAUUUGUCGGAUUUCAAUGAUAUAUUGAACACUUUUGAGGGAGAACAUCCAUUUCACAAUUAUACAAUUCGAUCCAAAUACCGAAAACAGCUGCAGCGAGGCUCUUCUGGAAAUGGUUGUGUAUUAAAGAGGGCAACACCAUCAAAUAUGCAAGGUGGCUCUGAGUUAGAGGAAAGUGAUGAAGAAGAUACUCAUGAAGCUAAUGAAUCUUUGGCUACUGAGUUUGGGGAAACGAAGACUGAUUCUCUUUUGCCCAGUUCCGGCAGAACUUUAGCUGGACUAUUUGAUGAAGAUAAAGCCAACUCGAAGGGACAAAAUCUCAUUGUACCUGUAUGUGCUCGGUGGUUGCACGAACCUGAUGAUAGGGACAGACUUAGUGCUUCACAUUUCAGAAAGAUUUUUCAGUGUCGUUGUGGAAAGUUGGAGCAGCUGUCUGGUUUGAAUUACGUAGAAAUAUCCAUUUGUGGGGAGUCAUUCAUGUUGCACCAGAUACGCAAAAUGGUAGGAACUGCUAUUGCAAUAAAGCGCAAUUUACUUCCAAGAGAUAUUUUGCAGUUAUCCCUGUCCAAGUUCUCCCGGAUUGUCUUACCUCUCGCUCCAUCUGAAGUUCUGAUUUUAAGGGGCAACAAUUUCGUUAUCAGAAAACGACCUGGCAAUAUAACAAGGCCAGAAAUGUUGACAUUGGUUGAAUCAGAAGAAAUCCUCAAGUUGGUUGAUGAUUUCUAUAAUUCUGUCAUGUUGCCUCAGUUGUCUAGGUUUUUAGACCCUUCAAAUUCCCCCUGGAAUGACUGGGUCGAAAUAUUGGAUGCAAACACUGGUAUCCCUGAAACUCAAUUGAUUGAAGUCAGAAAUGCUUGGAAGUUGUGGAAAGAAGAGUUCCAGAGUCGGAAAAAGAUGGCAGCGUAAUUGUCAAUUUGUUUGUCAUUGGUUCCAGGAACUGAGUUGCGCAAUAUCUCCGUGUUGAUUGCACAAAUGUCCCUGGACUGCAGAAGUAAAGGUCUUUAAGACGGUUCAGAUGCUGUGAAGCACUUCAACGAGAAACAAUACAUUGAUGGUUGCCAAGCAUUUCAUCAAGAACAUUGAGUUGGGAGAAGCAAGGUGGCGAUAAGGUGAGCAUUAAUCAACAGAAACUCCUAAUUUCUUGUCGGAUGGAGGCAGAAUUUGUGCUAUCGGCUGCUGUAAACGUGGCAUAAUUCUAUCAGAUGUGCUCUUUGCUAAUUCUCUAUAUCUUUUGUCUGCUAAGUUGUGUUCUGCUGCACACUUAAACAAUGACAGAUCGAUAACUUCAUCUAUACAGCACAUAGUUUCUGCAAUCUCUUUAAGAUGCUUAUAGACAACAUCCAGACGAGAAAAGUAUGCACUUCUGCUACAAAUUGAUGUUUUUGACGUCCAGAAGGUUGUCAACUUAUCCAGCUGCCUUAAGGUAAACGUUUCCGUCUCAGAUCAUAUCUCUCUUUGAUUUUAAUACAUCUCAGUCUGCCCUUUCCAUCAUUGUGAGUCAAAUACAGAAAAUUUGAGGUAACAUUUAUAAACCUCUAACUUUCAUAUAUGGUAUUCCUUUUAUUUAAAAGGAAAGCAUUAAUGAAUCAGAUCAGUAAAAGAGUUAAAUGAGAACUAAUCAGCUUGUGUUUUCUGUUGGAA